AUGGAUAUCGACCCGGAAGACCUCUUCCGGGACGACUCGGACUCCGACAGCGAGCUCUUCCAGGUGCGUUAGUGAGCGUGCUUCUCGCUUCUUCUUUUUCUUCGUGCUUUUUAGGUCCCAGCUCUCUCUCGGUUCUGUACGUUUCAGGCAUGUUGUUUUUUGGUUUGUAGGAGAGGGAGGCGAACAAAGAGCUCGUAGUCUACCUCAUCGACGCGUCUCCCCGGAUGUUCGUUCCCUUCAGUCAGCAUGUGGGGAUUUCUUCAGAAUUUCAUUGAUUCCUUUGAAAAUUCUGUAUUAUGCGGAAAAUGUCCCGAUCCUAUGCGCCGUCAGCUAGAUUUUCAUUCUCUUUGUGUAUGCUUCCUUCGGUGGGAAGAAACCUCGUUGUCGAGCUUGUGAUGCUCAACAUUGUCAUCAUUUUUGUUACCGAGGUUUAGAUUGUUGGAAUUUUUAUCCUAACUGCUGCCGUGGUGAGUAGAACUUACGGAAUUUUUCUUCUUCUCUUUGUUGUAGUGUAAGUCCAGAUUUUGUUCGUCAAAGGUUUUGGGAGAUACUAGCUCGUUCUAUGAUGUAUCUAUUGCUUUUUAACUCCCUGUUUCUGUGUACGUGCGGCUUUUUUCUUUCAUUCUAUGGUUAGAAUUUUCCGAAUUCGAUUUCGAAAGUGUAUAGUUCUUUUCUCAAUCGUAAAAUAUCCCUCAAAUAGUAAACACAGGUCGUAAAUUCGAACACAUUCAAAGUUUGAUAGGCUAUGCAAUACCUAUAUUUAUGAGGAAUUGCCUUUCUACUUUUGCAUGUAUUUUAUUUUAACUAGAGUAAUUAAAAUAAAUUAUGGCCUUCGAUCCAUACGAUUUUUUUUUCUAGAGUCAUAAGGUGCGAUGCAUUAUUAUUUAUCCUGUUCUUUUUCUUUGUUCGGAAACAUUUUAAAUUUUCUUUAAAUGUCGGACCAAUUCUCAUUGCAAGCCAAUCAUCGAAUUUUGCUUAGGUUUUAGGUUAUGCUUAUUCGUUUCUCAUCCAUAUAUAAGUUUCAAAGCAAGCAUGGCGCAUGAGGCGGAGAUACUUUAGUUGAUCACCGCUUUUCUGUGGUGUUUUUAUCUUGAUACAUUCCCUAUACUACCUGGAUAAAAUAGUUCAUGUGUAAGAACUUGGUAUUCAACCCUCUCAGAAUGGGUAUGAAACUAGAAGGCAGGAUUAGAGCAUGUUUUUGACCCAAAAUAUCCUCCGUUUUACCAUCUUGACCCGGAGCUUAUUCGGUUUGAAUUCUUUCUAGUUGAAUAUGUUUUCUUCAUCAAUUAUGCCUGUUAAAGUUAUAUUAAUAUUUAAAUGUGCUUACAUUUAUUAAUCAUGAUCAGCAGCCAUGGUCUAGAGUUUACGUUUUCAAGUUAUAAAACUCCUGAUACUUAUUAUAAAUAUACCUCUUUAAUUAAUGCCCUUACAUGAUGAAGUUCGCUUGGUGUUUGGUUCAUUUCAGGAAGACGAAAAAGGGGAGACACAUUUUCAUAUUGCUGUAAAUUGCGUUUUACAGUCCUUGAAGACUCAAAUUAUCAGUAGAUCAUAUGAUGAAGUCGCGAUUUGUUUCUUCAACACUGUAAGUUAUAUUUUUACUACACUUCUAUUGCAGGGAGGAAUAUAGUUGAAAGUUUGAUGACGUCUUGAAAUUCAAAUCCUAUGGUUUAUCUAUUUUCAUGUUGUUUUCCUCGAGUUGAAAGCUACUUGCUAUGACUGUGGAUUUUUCAUUUGGGGGAGGGAAUUUUAGCUGUACAAUAUGAUUCGAUCGUUUAGACUAAAAACAAAUGCUAAUUUAUUUUUAAUCACUAUCACGUCGGAAUCCGGAAAUGUUAAUGAUACAUUUAAUUGAUUUGCUACGUAAAAAAUAAAAUUUUCCAAAAGUUCUAGAAAAACUGGAACAGAAUUUCGGUCAAUGUAAAGGACGGAUUGCAUAGCUAUCAUGUUAUAUUUUCCAAAUUUGACAUUGAAACUGAAAUUAUCAAAAAUUUUAUUUUGAAAUAAAGUGAGUAAUAUUAUAAUCAAUCCGUUCAAUGGUGCCUAGUUAGUCAGUGUAGAAUAAAUAAAAUUUUUAUCAUAUAAUUUUUAAACAAUGAAACAUUAUUUUAAUGUAAUACAUGUAUGGAAGUUUAAUUGCAGCGAAUCUUCAGAUGGUAUUUAAUUGCAGUUAUCUUUUAUUUUGAAAAUCCCCAGAUUUUGUGCAGUCCCUUUGACCACUUUGGCUGCUUGGUGAACGCCAUUUUUUCCCCUAAGGUGUAGCAGUUUUUUUUUUUUGUUGAUGGUGGUUCCUGUAUGUUAGUACCGUUACCAGUCUCAAGGAUAUUUCAGAUAUUGAUUACAUUUUCCUAUUUUCACCAAAUGAUUUAUCUUUGAAGAACCAAACUGAAUGUCUGGCUUGUAUACCAACUCGUGGCAAUCUGCCACCAGCUUUUCAACUGCUGCUGUGAUGAAACAUUGUAAUCUAGUUGGUAUUUUAAACGUUGAAUCUCACAAUAUUCCUAAAAUAUUUGUUUGUUAUUGUUUGAACCUUUCAGAAAGAAAAGAAAAACUUGCAGGACUUAACUGGGGUGUAUGUAUUCAAUGUGGUGGACCGUGAAUCGCUUGAUAGGGCCACAGCAGGAUUAAUUAAGGAGUUCAGUAUAAUGGAGGGUAAGAUCUUUACGAUGCUUAAUGGUUUUCACAUCUUCAAAUUAUCGAAAAAAUCACACGACUCAUGGACUUAAGGUGGAAUUUCGAAGGAUUUCCUUACAGAUACUUCAAAAUAAUGCUGGUGAAUUGGUAUCAUAUGCACGUAUGGAGUUUUAUAUUUAAUCUUUGUAGUGAAUUUGUUCGAAAAGUUAUCAUAAUUUUGCUUCUAUUUAGUGCUUCAGCUUCUAUGUCUCUGGAGCAUCAGGAUAAUAUGGAUUCCCUUAGACAUGUUCUUAUCAGUGUAUUGUUUUGUUGUACUGCAAAUUUUUCUAGAGUUUUAUCCUUUAUCAAAAUCUUAUUUUGAGUACCUUGGUCGCCGGAUACUGCAUGCCUCAAAUUUUAACUUCUCUCAGUUAAAAAUUCUUCUUUCUUAUUUUAUAUUAAUCAGCCAUAUUUAACUUUUUGUUCUCGAUAUGUGCCAAUUUCAGAAUCCUUUCUAAACAAGAUCGGAAGCUGCUAUAGUAUUUUUCCUGGUUCUAAGGAGAAUACAAUAUACAACUCUCUUUGGGUAGCACAGGCUUUACUGCGGAAAGGGUACUUCAUAGUAAAAAGCGAUGCGCCAUCAUUUUUUUCUGCCACAUUUGCCUACUCUCUGGCUGUUUCAACCUGAUUCAGUAGUAUCUAUAGCCUGUAGUUUUUUGUUUGACGUUGGGUCUUUUCUAUUAAUUUUUAUUUUUACUUCCAGGUCUUUAAAAACAGCAAGCAAGAGAAUACUCAUGUUCACAAAUGAAGAUGAUCCUUUUGGUAGUAUUUCAGGGGUAUUACAUAGAGAUAUGAUCAAAACUACUACGCAACGUGCAAAAGUAUGUUCGGACUUUAUUUCAUUUUCUUGUUUUCAUUGAUAUGAUGGGACUUCCAAUUUCAAAGUAUUUCCUUGGUUUUAUGAUUUUUGCAAGGAUGCACAAGACCUUGGUAUAUCCAUCGAGCUUCUUCCUUUGAGCAGGCCAGAUGGAAAAUUCGAUGUUUCCAAGUUUUAUGUUGUAUGCUCAUGUUUUUCUGGAUUUAUCACAUGCGAUUGUCAGAUCAAAACGAUUUCGUAGUAAAUGCUUAAACGUGUGAGCUUCAGGGACUUCUUGGGUUGGAGAGCAAGGAGAUUUCUCAUUUUGUGUCAUCUGCCGGAGAAAGGUUUGGAUUUUUGCUCUUAGACCUCUGUAGCAUUCCUUUAUCAUCUUCUAGAUGAAAAUGCUCAUUUUUUAUUUAGUUACCAGAAGGGGCUCCUAUAACGCCUUUUUUCUUUGAUGUUACUCAUAGUAGGAAUAUUUUUAGUUUUUAAAUUUAUUUAUGCAAGAAUUUUUUGUAGCAUGCCAUGAGAUUAAACUUGCUGAAAAAAAAAACGUGUAAUGUAAUGUUAAAAAUUAUUGGUCAUAAUUUAUCUGUCUACAAUAUCUUUUAGGGCAGCUGCUAUUGCUAUUCUUACCUGACAAGUAAGGUUCCCUGACAACUAGCGCCUAUAUGGCAGGUGUAUGUCUGACACACUCUUAAGCACUCUCUUGAAAUCUUUAAUUUUUUGUCUCUUAGUUUUUUCAUCACAUAUGAAGAAGCACGGUAAAUUUACCUUUUUACCCACAUUCAUUGGGAAAGUGUUAUCAUCAACAUUCAUUCUUACCUGUUGUGCUCUACCUCGUAUUUUGUAAUCCAAGACUUGCCUAUUGAUCUCUUUUUCCAUUUUUUCGUAUUAUUUAUCUGUGUUUUUAAUUUUUCUUCACAUGCCGAUGAUGUGUUGGAGAAAAUUAAUCACAUGUUAUUCCGAACUUCAGGUUAGAAGAUAUGAAAGAUCAGUUGAAAAAGCGAAUGUUUAAUAAGCGCAAAGUCAAAACAUUAGCAUUUUUAAUAUCUGACGGAAUCUCUAUAGAAGUGAACUCAUAUGCUUUGAUUCGUCCCACGGUACCAGGUAUAUUGUUAGUCAGAUAUUUUCUUGUACUAUCAUCUAUCGUCAAUAUCUAGUAUGCAAUGGAAUUCAUGAGUUUUGUCUAAGUGGAAGCCUUUUGGUUUUGGCAGGGGCAGUUACUUGGCUUGAUUCUGUUUCUAAUCUACCCCUAAAGGUAAACCAACUUCAAUUCCAGUCUAAAAUCACAGUAGGAACAAACAGAUCCACUUUGACAAGACCCCAUUUUCUAUGAAAAUAGAAUGAAGAAAAGGAAAAACAUCCACGAUAGGGUUCCUAUACUGCGGAUUUCGGUCUGACUAGCAACGAAGUUUAUGCCUGAAAAAAAUGAAUAAGACUCUUCAUUUCCUUGAAUUGGGAUCAUUAAUAUUUUCUAUCACAAGCAGGAUGGGAAAAAUAUGGCAUUGAUUUGGCUUUUGUCCUGCUAAGCACUCUACUUUUCCUUGCAUCUAUGAAUAAAUGGUGACAUUUGUUUACCCGAUUUUCACCAGCAAUGGUUCCUUUGAGCUUGUAUUGCUUGAGGGUUCUCAACGUUGUAAAUUCGUUUCAUCAUCAAAUAUGUUCCUAGUAUGUUGGAAAUAGAUUUUGAUUUGAAAAAUAUAUCGUUUCGUUGUGUAGCCAGAAAGGUCAUUUAUUUGUGACGACACUGGUGCUCUACUACAGGAGCCAGCGAAACGUUUCUUUACGUACAAAGGGUUAGUAUCCACACUCAGUGUUAGUUAGCCUUCUAUUCAUAAUUCGUGCCCUUCUGUUCUUUUCUUUAUGUGAUGUUGAUAGGUAUCUAUUUUCUGUUCUUUCAUUGCACCUAUUAUCAAUGUCUUGACAGAAAAAAAUUAUUUUUUAGUUUCAUGGUUGUGGGCAUUUCUUUUUGAGCUAUAACCAGGAAACUUGUCACUGUGUUUUACUUGUAAGUGUACUGGGGUAGGGUAUCUACCUGUUUUUUCUGUUUUUCUCUAUAGUUUCAUUCCUUGUUUCUUUGAUCUACUUUUAGUUGGUAACACUUUCUAAAAAACAAUUUCCAUUAAUAAUGCCUACAGAUAACAAAACUCUGAUAGAUGUCGCCAUAGCCCUACAUCUUUCGCAUUUGUUGUGGACUUCAGUAUCAUAACUAUUCUUCUUCCUACACGGUGGAGGUCUCAGUUAGUACAUAGAGCUCACCUUGGGAAGUGGUACCCAUCUUCAACUUUCCCUAAUUCCAUUUGCUUCAUAUGUCAAGUUGGCUGUGGGGUCUCAUUGCGCUUUUAAGGAUUGCUAAGGGAAGUUAGUGUGCAUCCUCCGUGUGUGCUGAUCAGGAGUCCAAGGGUAGUGCCUGGAAUUAGCGAUGGCAAGUUUGGCACUAACCCAAUUCGUUUUAACAAACUUCCUCUGUAACCAUAAAUCCCAUAAUUCAGAAUUAGGGACUGGAAGUGAUUUCUCUAAUCCCUAGGUGUUCCCCUGAAAACGAUUUAUCAUGUCCACAAACUUUCUCUUGGUGUUAACCUCAAAUCUGUUGUUACGGAAUCCCUUCUAAGUUUUCCAGAUUAUAACUUUUCAUUAAUUCCAUUUUAGGAAAAACUGAGAGUUGUUUUGUGCUUGGAGUAUAUUCACAUCACUUACUGCUGCCCGAUGGUCUUUAAUUGCAGAGAAAAGGUUCUAUUUUCGGUUGAUGAGUUAUCGGAAAUAAAGAGACUUGCACCCAAUUGUCUUCGUCUUUUAGGAUUCAAGCCAUUAGAUUAUUUGAAGGAUUAUCACAACCUGAGGCCAUCAACGUUUAUUUUUCCAAGUGACGAGGUAAUACUGUUAAAAUCUUGAAGAUGCUAUAGAAAGUUUCGUUUCUAUGUUCUCAAACAAGUGUGUUUGGUUGUAUUGCGUAUUUGAUUUACCUUUUGUGUGAAUACAUUUUUUAGGGGUGAUAAUCUUUUUUUUUAUGAACGAAAAGCCUAGUAUUUGUCUUGUAUUUGGGCAAUCAUGGCAUUGCUUGUGACGUCAAACUCUGAAAUUAACUAAGUUUGAAUGAAGAAUCCUUGGAAAGUUUGUGGAGGACAUUACCAUAGUAUCAUAAGUAAAUCAGGAUGGUUACUAUCUGUUGAGGUCGCACUGAAAAAUAGAUAAAUGUUGAUUUGCCACUAAAGAACACAGAAAGGCAAUCAUUUUUCUGAAUGAUAUAUUGAUCCAUUUAAUGGUGACUGUGAUUUAAUGGACCAGGGACUAUGGUGACUGUGAUUGAUCAUUAUCAUCUUCAGCGUGUGUUUUUCAUUAAUUUCCUGCAUAAUCUCUGUGGUCUCACUUCUCUUACUCAGCCUUUGAGUUUUUCUGGCUCAGGAAAUAUUUGGGAGUACUCGCAUUUUCAUUGCUUUACACCGUUCCAUGCUGCGCCUGCGUCGGUGAGCCAAAAUCCUCUCUCCAGUUUUCGGAUUUAGUAAUGCUGCGCCUGCGUCUGUGAGCCAAAAUCCUCUCUCCGGUUUUCGGAUUUAGUAAUUCGUAGUAAUUUUUCUGCAUCAUUCUUUCUCCUGCUGUGUUCCAAUCGUUUCUUUUGCACGGUCGAGUACUCUUCUUUCUUUGUAUAACCGGCAUCAACAUUAUAAUAAAUUUCUUGUUACUUUUUGAUUCCUUUUUUUAAUUUCUGUUUAAUCUUCCACGAUCAAUAAAUCAAACAUGCAGGAAUAUUACUUUUUAAUCCUCAUGCAUUGCUCUGAGAUCACUUUUCUUAGCUUGGUUAGUUAUGCUAUGAUCAGGUUUGCUGUUGCAUUUUGCGGUAGUUCAGCUCGACCUCAGUUGGUUGCCUUAAUCGCGCAGGUAUGAUGAUUACUCCCUCGCUUAAACUUCUCUACUGUUUGCUUACAUUUUUCAAUGCUUUAGCUUGUGGGCAACAUAUUUGAUGGGAAAAUAAAUUCAAUGAUUCACAUUUUGACAAGUUUACACACAUGAUUAAGUAUUUAUAAGCUUUAUUCUUAUAAUUCGAUGAAAUUUCUGAAGUAUUUAUCAUGUCCUAUUUGAAUUUCCAGUCAUUGCAUGUUGUUAAUUGCGUUAGCUAUUCUGUUACCCUUUCGGUCAUCAGUUAUGCAGAAGUGCAUUAUUUUGUCUUUUGUAUCUAUUAAAUAUGCUUGAACAUGCAAAAUGAUGACAGUUAGGAUACCCCUGGUUUUGACUCUUUUUAUUAUUCAUACGCACAGGAGGAGAUCAGUAAUUCUAGUGGGCAAGUUGAGCCUCCUGGAAUGCACAUGAUUUACCUUCCAUAUUCUGAUGAUAUCAGAUACCCAGAAGAGGCAAGAAACUUGUGCAGGUUUCUUCUUUCAUUUCUCAUUAAUAGAUCAAAGUGCUAACUCCGUUUGCUUGCAGCAUUACUUGAAUGAUGAUGCCAUCGCAUCUCGGCCUACAGAUGAUCAAAUUAGGAAAGCCUCUGCUCUUCUAAAACGCAUAGACCUGAAAAACUUUUCGGUCUGCCAAUUUUCCAAUCCUGGUAUAUUUCUUCUUUGCCUUUAAUAACCGUAUUCUUUUUACUUGGAAGGGAAUAUCAUGCCUCUUUUGUGCCCGUAGUCUGCUAACUAAUUACUGAAUCUGGAGUAUCUAUUUUUAUAGUUUUAGCCAUUUUUUCCCCAAUUUCCUUUUUUUAGAAAAGAGUAACAUUCAAACUAGAUAUGUGCUACAGCCAUUGAAAAACAUAAUGCACUCUCGACUGGCCUUUUCAUUUGAAAUAAAAUACAUUAUAUGUAUCCUCUCUUGUAUUUGAUGCUAUUCAAUAUUUAUGUGACAAACGUAACAUAUUUUUUCAACUUCAAUUUGUUAUACGUAUCAGCCUUUUGUUCUUUAACAAAACGAUGAAUAUUAGGACCAUAAAGACCAGUUUUUUCUAAAGAUAGCUAAGAACGAUGUCUAUGUUGUCCUCUGAUAUUUUCCCAAAGGAGGUGUGAAAUUGUCGCAGAAUAUUUUAUUUUGAAAUUUUUGGCCUGAUUGGCCAAGAUCAAACCCACACCUUCAUAGAAGGAACAGCCUGAGAGUAGGCAUGCCCAAUAAUUACUUCGCAUUGUACUUUAUUGUGAACCCAGUCCAGAGUUCGGUUGAUUUUAUGGUUCUCGGUUACACAAGAAUCUCGGAUGCUGAAGGAGCUCUUAGAUGCUGUAUAUGUUAAGCGCAACUAUAGAACGCAUGGUGUAGGUGUACCAACUUCAUUCUAGGAUUUAUUUAAUUAGGAUCUAUUUUCUCCAAUUGCUUAGUGUUUUUCUUAACUCAUAUGAAUAAAUUUAUUAGAAAUGAAGAACCCAUGCUGUAUAAAAUUACCACCCGUUCAAUAUCCUUUUUAAAAUCAGUCCAAUUUUUUUUCAGCCUUGAAUCUGGCUGAUCUGGAUUGAUACCCCAAUAGCAGCAGGUGGCCCUUCAUUUUAUUUAGGUCAGCAGGUGAAUAUUCACACGACUUCAUCUUGCAUAAAAUGCGGUUUAUUUUCUUUUAUUGAAGUCUGUUAACUUUUCUACCUCCAUAAGAAGAGCUAAUUACCCAUUUCCGCCAAUAGCAACGUGCAAGAUGAUGGCAUUCAGAAAAGAACACGCUUUCCUCCCAAGUCAAUGAACUAUUGCUGUGGGUUAAAUGGAGGGUGAUGAAUUGAAGCGUCGUAGAACUUCCAUUCGCGUUCUUGGCCACCAGAGAACAUCUGGCCCCUUAGAACUUCUAUUAGAGAGGAUAUACGUAUCAUGUGGUCACAGCUUUUCCAAACCUUUCUUUUUAGGCAAUAAGACUGAGGCGACGAGGUUGUUUAUCUUCCAUUUUCCUUUGCCUUUCUUCUGUACUGUCAGCGUUGCAGAGGCACUACAGUAUAUUGCAAGCCAUAGCUUUGGACGAAGAUGAGAUGCCGGAGGUAAAAGAUGAAACGCUUCCUGAUGAGGAAGGCAUGGCUAGGUAUGCGCCUAAGCUAUUUACCAAUUUUCUUCCAUGAAGAACGUUUGAAGAAAUAGACGAUUAACGAUGCGCCACUUCUGGGUAUUCAUUCUACAGACCAGGAAUCGUCAGAGCUCUUGAGGAUUUCAAAGCGGCUGUGUACGGUGAAAAUCAUGAUCAGGAAGAGGCUGCUUCCAUCGCUUCCAAAGAAGCCUCUGCAGGUCUGGCUUCGAAGAAGCGUAAAGCUAUCGCGGAUGCUGCCACUCAGGAGAGCGCGAACUAUAACUGGGUUGACCUGGCAGACAAUGGAAAGGUGAUUCCAAUCAUCACCGUCACCGGUGAAAACAACCAUUUACUUCUGAUGAACUCCGUCUUCACGUUCCUUCCCCCGUGCUGAAAAUUUUUCCAUUUCUGAAUCGUAAAGCAAACAGGGUAGAAAGCAUGUUCGGUAAACCUCUGAAUUAUUUUUUUACGGACGGAAAUGAUGGAUUCUUCCUGAAGCUCUCACCGAAUUUAAUUAUUUUCCCCGUAAUUAUUAUUAGUUGCGAUUCCACUAAAUAUUGUAUUUGUUCUUCCUCUGAAUUUGUUUUCCAGCUGAAAGAUCUGACCGUGGUCGAGUUGAAGUACUACCUGACUGCUCACAACCUUCCCCUGGCGGGCAAGAAGGAGGCCUUAAUCAGCAGGAUCUUGAGCCACCUGGGGAAGUAA